UGAGUAGCUCUGCUCAACCGUUCGCAUUCUGAAGUGAUUUUGUCUGAACAAAAGUGAAUAAAAACAUGGACGUCGAUAUGAGUUUGGAUGAGAUUAUCCAGAACCAGAAGGCGCAGAAACGCAAUACCGGCAAAUCUCCCGGCGACAAGGCUAGGAAAUUCAACAGCAACGAUCGCAGAAAAGGCAAUCGCAACGGUGCCGGUCCUAGGAAUUCCCCCAAAAAGCCCUAUUCCGGCGAAGGCGGCGUCCAAAAGGGUCGCAAUCGGGGAGGAAUUCAAAAACCACGCCGUUCCCGGGAAGAAACAUCCGGGUCCUGGAGACAAAACAAACCGCAAGGAAAUCGGAGAGAUGCUCUUCUGUCCCUGGAAGCUGGAUUUGGAAGGGAACGCAAUGGAGGUUUGGUUAGCGCCAAACUGUUAGUUUCGAAUUUGGACUACGGUGUCUCGGAAUCAGACAUUAGCGAGCUGUUUGCCGAAAUGGGUCCGCUGAAAAGUGCUUCGGUACAUUACGAUCGAUCAGGCCGAUCGCUGGGAACGGCUGACGUCGUAUUCGAGAGGCGAACCGAUGCCAUCAAGGCCAUGAAACAGUACAACAAGGUGCCUCUUGAUGGCAAACCAAUGCAAAUUGAACUGGCCACUACGGAUGUUUCGGCGCCAAUGGUUACUGGUCGACUAGGAGCAGCCGCCGGUCCUACGAGGAAGUUCGGCGGACAUCAACCACCACCGCGUCCUAGAAAUGAUCGACGGGAAGAACGUGGCCCACAAAACCGACAUAAUAGUAGGAGCAAUCCUCAUCAGGGAAGCAGGCAAAACAGUCGGGAUCGAAAAAAUCAACAAAACAGACGUAAACCAGGUGGUGGCGGUGGAAAUCAGCAACAGAAUCGAAAAAUCGCCAAAACUGCCGAGGAACUUGAUGCUGAGCUCGAUGCCUAUCUGUUAAGUAAGAAUUAAAAUUGUGUGAAUUUAAGAUUGUAACUUUUUAAAAAAUAUCUAAAAUAUAAAAUACCUUAAACUGAUAUUGCAUACUUCUUAAUAAGCAUACAUUUAUUGAUUGCUUUACUGGCUGACAAUACAGAACAAUUCCGUCAAUUCCACUUUUGUUCAAAGCUUCUAUUCAGCUCUAUUCAAUCCCACUCUAAAAAAAAAGCAAAUAACUUGCACGUUGCGUUGUUAAAAUUAAACUACCUAUCACAUUUUAUUCUGGGAAACUAUAAU